CUGAUGUCUUUAUGGGACUACAUACACUUUACGAACUGUCUCUAAAUCAAAAUCAGAUAGAAAUCCUUCCAGAUGAUAUUUUCAGUGGUUUAUCUGUGCUUGGCUGGAUCUUUCUAAACAACAAUACCCUAUCCAUUAUACCUGUUUUACCUUCCUCUGUUAAAUUGCUUGACAUAUCCUACAAUAGCUUUGAGGUGUUACCUGCUGGAACAUUUUCCAAUUGUAGUCAAUUAAACCUUUUAAAUAUCAUAGGUAACAAAAUAGAAAUACAGGAACACAUGUUUGAAGGAUUAAAUAAUCUGUCUACUUUAUUGACCGAUACUCCAUUCAUGUGUUGUGUUAAGCCUCCGUCUGUUUCUGACAAUAGAUGUUUGAGAGAUCCUAAAAAGUUAGGGGAUUGUUGGUUUGGAGAUGUGUCAUGCAAAUCAGAAGGAGAUGCGAUAUCUUCAUGUUAUACAUUGAUAGGUUCAGUUGCACUAAGAACAUGUCUCUGGGUAAUUGGAGUUUGUGCUUUAAUUGGGAAUUUUGCUGUCAUGUUCUACCGACUAUUCAUAGACACAGAUAAUCUUACAAUGAGUUAUUCGUUCUUUGUACUGAAUUUGAGUUUAUCAGAUUGUCUAAUGGGCGUCUACAUGAUUGUGAUAGGCAUUGUAGACAUCUACUAUAACGGUGUUUACGCUGUGAACAACCAAACAUGGAGAAGAAGUACUCUAUGUACCACAGCUGGAGUUCUAUCCAGUAUAUCCAGUGAGAUGUCGACGUUUCUUAUUCUACUGGUGACGAUAGAUCGAGUCAUUGUCAUUAUGUUCCCAAUGUCCCGUCUUUCCAAACAGAAUAUCUCGUGGAAACAGGCAUCUGUGGUCUCGGUGUGUCUGUGGCUUAUUUCUACCACACUUGCAGUCAUCCCAGUUAUUUCCAUGCAGUCCUACUUCAAGGGGGAAUACUACUCUCAGUCAGGGGUAUGUCUCGCCUUACCAUUGACUGACAUCGAACAACCAGGUGCUGAAUAUUCGUUUGCAGUGUUUGUUUGUCUCAACUGUCUCGUCUUUUUAGCUAUAGCCAUAGGGCAAAUCGGCAUGUUUAAAAGUUUGAUUUCAAGCCCAGGGCGUCGUAUGGCCUCGUCACAGUCUCGUCAACGGGAUAUAUCUGUAGCAAGAACUCUCUUUAUGGUGGUGGCGACCGACUUUUGCUGUUGGUUUCCGAUCGGCGUAAUGGGAGUGAUUUCAAAAUUUGGAUACCAGAUGCCGCACGGUGUUUAUGCGUGGGUUAUGGUGUUUGUUUUGCCAAUCAAUGCUGCCAUCAAUCCAUUCUUGUACACGGCCUCAGCUAUAUUCAGGAAGCGACAAAGAGAACAACAGAUUGCAAUAACGACGUCAACGAAAAACACUGGAAGAAUCGCCGUGAAAUCGAGAUGAAUAUACUUUAACAGCCAUGUCAAACGAGUAUGUCUGAAGUCUCGUCAAUUCUUCUGUCGUUUGUUAGAGGCGUGGUAACUCUCUUUGCAAGAAGUGUAAUACAACUUAGCGAAAUACACCACCGGAAAGAACGCUGGUUACUCCAUUUUUGUUGGUAAAUUUGUGAAAUAAAGCAUGAUAUGAAAA